UCGGCUCAAUACACAAUGGCGGACAAGGAAAAGAAGAAGAAGAAGAAGUCUGUCAAGGAGGAGGCGCCAGCAGAAGCCCCUGCCCCCGCCCCCGCCGCCGCCCCCGCCGCCGCCGCCCCCGAACGCAGCUCGCGCGGCUCCAAGAAGGCCAAGAGGACCGGCAGCAAUGUCUUCUCCAUGUUCUCCCAGAAGCAGGUCGCUGAGUUCAAGGAGGCAUUCCAGCUGAUGGACCAAGACAAGGAUGGCAUCAUCAGCAAGAACGACCUGCGGGCCACGUUUGACAGCUUGGGCCGUCUCGCCUCCGACAAGGAGCUGGACGAGAUGGUGAACGAGGCGCCGGGACCCAUCAACUUCACCCAGCUCCUGUCCCUCUUCGCCGCAAGGAUGUCGGGAGGCUCUGAUGAUGAUGAAGUUGUUAUCGCCGCCUUCAAGACCUUUGACAUCGACGGCAAGAUUGACAGCGAAAAGCUGAGACAACUCCUGAUGACCUUCGGAGACAAGUUUAGCGCAGAUGAGGUCGACGACGCCUACGAGCAGAUGGAGAUCGACGAGAAGGGCUUCAUCAACACCCAAAAGCUGAUCACCAUGCUUACCGCCAGCGCUGAGGAGGAAGAGGAGGGAGAAGCCGCUUAAAUAUAUCAUUCACGCAGAAACUCAUCGAAGGAGCACAGACCACUAUUCGCGCUCAUUCUCCUCAGUUCAAGCUAGAUGCAGCCGCUGCAUCGUAAGAAAUGUUCCAUAUUAAAUAUGAGCAUAAACUAAAUGUAUUUCCAGCAGGUGCAAACAUUUCCUUUUUCCCCUCAGAUGAGGACUUCAUGGAAAAUGUACCUGUCAACACUCGACUACUGAAAACCUUGUCCAAUCAACAUCUUUGUAUUCGGGUGAUUUUAAAGGAACAAAUUUAAUAAAAAAAAUCUGUGAAAAUAACUAUCUUGUUAUUUUGUAGGAAGAUACAUAUUGUAUUGAGCUUACUUUGUUUCCUAAAUUUAUAUCUUGCACGGAUUAUAAGAACGAUAGAACUCUGUGUAAAAUUGUCACUGCCAGUCGACAUGAGAACAAAGACACUGUUAAAGCAGAAUGGCUUUAAAGGUUUAUAGAGACAUUACAAACGUUUCAGUUGCUCGAUA